UUUAGCGCUCUCUAGUUUCCUCCGACAAUGUGGGUGUCCUGUUCCGGCCACGGCGUCUCAGGGAAGAUACCUGAGGGGAGGGCAAGUGUUCCGUGUUUGCAUUAAGAACCUAGCUUGUUUGCAGAUUUGCCAAUGCCGCUUUAACUUUGCGAAAGUAACCUUCAGUUCAUGUUGGGGUAGACUGUCUUCACUAUGUAAGGAGGAAGUUGUAGUACAACCAUUGUACCUCAGGUAGAAGAGUUUUAAAAACUUGUUGGUGACUGAAGGAAGAAUAGAAGUAUUUGCAUUGGGGUGGGUGUUAAACCACAUCAUGAGCUAAGCUGGAAGGCACAUGUAUUUAUGAUGAAUGGUCUGUAUUUUGAUAUAGUGUCUUCUAGAGUCCUGGAACCCCCCGAGGCACUUUACAACACAAUCAGUCAUUCACCCAUUCACUCCCUGAUGGUGAUGAGCUACAUAGCAUCUCCUGGGGCACACUGACAGAGCCGAGUCUGCCGUACACAGGCACCACCGGUCCCUCCGAACACCACCACCAGGCAAGGGUAACAAGAGUGAGGAGCUUGGAAAUCCGGAAUGGACUUGGAGUAGAACCGGUGUUCUUCCACAUCAAAUGGAGCAAAUAACAGCUGACAGUGGGUUUUUCAGUGACCUCAAACCAUUACUGAUUGAUGAGUGAAAAUGUAACUGGUGAUGCGGGUUUAUCUUUACAUACUAAGAGUAAUUUCCCACUGAAAGAUAAAAGUAAUUAACUAUCUUAACAGAACUUGGUUAAAUAUUAAUCAUAUCUUUACUCAUACAGUAGGUCUACAAUCAGCCUCCGCAAGCUGAACCAAAUGUCAGCAUGAGCAGCUUCAGACAGGUCCUGAAGGAAGUCGGGGAGUUUGGUGUAUUUCAGAAAUGCUUACUGGUGGCCUUGUGCAUCCCCAGCAUUUACCCCGCAUUCAAUGUGAUUGGCCAGGUGUUUGCAGGCAUGAGCUACCCUCAUCACUGUAACACUGACUGGAUCUUAAAGCCUGGGCCAAACCUGACAGAUGAGAGGCAAAAAAAUCUCACCCUCCCCGUGGACAAGGAUGGGAGGUUUGAAAGCUGCAUGAUGUUCACACCUGUAGAUUUGGAUUUGGGAACGAUUGAAGCACACGGCCUCAACAGCACAACAGGAUGCACAGAUGGAUGGGUGUACGAGGUCCAGCCAGGAGUUUCCAGCACUGUCACGGAGUUUGACCUGGUCUGUGAUAAGAGUGGUUUGAUCCAGGUAUCUCAGUCCGUGUACAUGGCAGGUAUUCUUGCAGGAUCGCUGGUGUUUGGGGCUAUUUCUGAUAGUUUUGGCAGACGAUUCGCAAUCCUCCUUUCCAUUUUCCUUGAUCUGUUGUUUGGGGUGAUCACAGCCUUCUCACCAAACCUCUACAUUUACACGAUUCUCAAGUUUUUUAGCGGGGCAUCGGGUGGUACCAUCAUCAUCAACACAUCAGUGAUGGUGGUGGAAUGGAUCGACCCUUCCAAGUCUGCUCUUUGCAUAUUUGCCAUCAUGAGUUCCUUUUCCCUCGGAGAGAUGAUGCUGUCUGGUAUCGCGUAUUUGAUUUCAAACUGGAGGACUCUACAGCUGGUGCUCUUCAGCCCCGUUGUGAUUAUUCUGAUGGCCAUGUACUGGCUUCUCCCUGAGUCAGCUCGAUGGCUCUUGACGAACGGCAGGAAGGAGGCGGCGCAGAAGGAGCUCCAGCGGGCAGCCAGAGUCAACAGAAGGAUUCUACCAGAAGGUCUUCUCGAUAAGGUCAACAUGGAGAGCACUCUGGAACGAAAAAAUAUGUUGGACAUUUUCCGGAACUCGUGUUUGAGAAAACGCACAAUAAUAAUGGGUUUUAACUGGUUUGCAGCGAGUAUUCUGUUUUAUGGACUGAGCCUAAAUAUUGGGACUUUUGGCCUGAAUAUCUACCUCACACAACUCAUUUUUGGGUUUAUCGAAAUCCCUGCUAACGUAAGUGGAUUGAUCCUGAUUCAACACUUUGGGCGAAGAAUAAGUGAAUCAGGCUUCCUGCUGUUUGGUGGCGCCUCUUGUCUGCUGGCCCUUGUCAUCCCCAGAGACCUUCCUGCCGUGGUGACAGUCAUAGCUGUGCUGGGAAAAUUUGCCGCCACGGCUGCCUUCACUACAGCCUACGUUUAUACUGCUGAAUUAUACCCCACCAACAUAAGACACAGCGGUAUGGGUGUGAAUUCCAUGUGUGCUCGUGUAGCGGGAUUCUUUGCACCACUGAUCCGGCUCCUGGAGGCCUACCAUCAUACCAUUCCCAUGGUGGUUUACGGGAUCAUUCCAAUCACUGCCGGUGGUUUCACUUUACUGCUUCCUGAAACGCUCAAUGUGGAACUUCAGGAUAGCACAUCGCUCAAAAAGCCAAUGGAUGGACCAGUGGGGAACCAAAUACACUGAUUAUCCAUCCAUUGGCUGACCCCGCUUGUCCACAUGGGGUGGGGGGCUGGUGCCUAUCUCCAGCGGUCAAUGGGCAAUCAGGCAGGGUACACCCUGGACAGAGUGCCAGUCCAUCGCAGGGCAACACAGAGACACACAGGACAAACAGUCAUGCACACACACACUCUUAAGGACAAUUUAGACAGACCAAUCAACCUAACAGUCAUCUUUUUGGACUGUGGGAGGAAGCCGGAGUACCGGGAGAGAACCCACGCAUGCACAGGGAGAACAUGCAAACUCCAUGCAGGAAGAUCCCAGGCUGGAAAGCGAACCCAGGACCUUCUUGCUGCAAGGCAACAGCUCUAACCACUGCACCACUGCGCAGCCCUAUUACACUGAUUAUGUUUAAGAGAAAUUCUAAUUUGUGUUUGAAUCUAAAGUAGAUAUUUUUUAUUUAUUAUGAUAUAAAAGUUUGAGACUUUUACUACUUUUUAACUAAACUUCUGUGUUAUCCUAGAAUGUAUAAAGAAUACAAGAAUGUAUUUAAAGACGUGAUUCUGUUUCCAAUAAUUUAAAGAUUUUAAAAUUUCUAGUGCCUUAAAUGUUCAUUAUGUAGGAAUGAAAUAUAAAUGAUAUCCUGUGGUCAAAUGUGGGUUCUGUGGUUCAUUUUCAAAACGAAGAGUGACUUUCUCACUGCUGUUCUGUGAGUUCCAGUUGUUGGUAAUUGAAAAAGUAGCUUGAGAUUUUUUGAGAGCACACUAUUUUUUUCCAAUUCACCGUUUGCGGUUAGCUCAACAUUAGCCUCUAGCGUUCUUUACUCAGUAAGAGUAAAACAAAAAGAUGCCAUGGAUUCUUAGGCUGCAAGAAAUAACUUCUGGGUCACUCUUUUUAUUGGCUUAGGAUCUUUAGAAAAUGCUGCUGCGUUUUGCCUGCCAGUGGCAGAUUACAAUUGCCAGUAUAGUAGCUUUAGCUGGCAGAGACUCUGAAACCCCAGACUCAGAUGGUAAACAAAGACACAUCCCGCUUUACUUUUUGUGAUAGGAAAAAAACUGACAACCCCACAGAAGUCUGUUUGAAAAUAAUAUUCCUUCCAACAUGAUUGAAACUUUAGAAGUUUUGUUACAUAUUCUACCUUAAAGUUUUUGGAAAUUGAUUCAUGUUUGGUUGGUAACGUCAAUAAAUUCAAGUGUUUCCUA